CAUACCACAAAUCUUUCGUAUUUUUUUCUUUCUCAUUAGAGUAGAUUUCAACAUGGAUUUCAGCAAAAUCAACUCUCAAAAUUACUAUUUCUACAAUAUUGGAAGAUGGAGCGAGGACCUCGACACUGAACUCCUCACUCACUUUGUGUCAAUGAAAUCCGAAUGCCAUAUCGUUCCGCCACAUAAAUCACCACACGCUAAGCUUUGUGUUGUAAACUCGAUCAACCAAAACAAUUACCCACCCAUUAGUCUCGCAGAUGUUGAUGACCGCCUUGCCUUCUUGGAAAAGCGGUACAAAACUUUCAAUAAGAUUAACCAACGUUCUGAUACUAAUUGGGAUACUGGAAGGAAAGUUGUUUCCGCGGCCGAACCAGUGUGGAAAAAAAUAUUGAAGGAUGAUCCUUCCGCUAAAUGGUAUUUCUAUGAGGAUGAGCCGCAAUUCAGGCUGAUGAGUAAGUUGUUCGGUCUAGAAUCAAUGAAGACCGAACACAACCAUCCCCGCAACAUAAUCCUCAAUAGCGAUACUCCCAGUCCCAACAUUGCUGGGCGAACGGUGGUUAUUGUCGACGACUCAUCCGACGACGAGAUAACGUCAACUCGCUCUGUUAAAAAACCACCACCGGUACGACGCUUGUUCCCCAAGGAUGAUGGCGAAACUCCAGAUGACCAGAUUAGUAGCACUAAUUGGUCGUCCCACGAGCAACAAAUUCUUGCUCCGGCCCGCGUCCGUAAAGAAUACCCGAACAAUGGGGUUGAGGGCAGCUCAUGCGGGUCGUCGUGGAGUCCUUGGAGAUAAUUGAAAAAAUUUUAGCAUUAUGAAUUUUGAGGCUUUAUCGUUAUUGAUUUCAGUUAUUUUUCUGAUUUCCAUGAUUAUGUUCCAAAAUCAAUUUGACAUCAUAAUACGUAGACGAAUUCUCCCUAUAUCUACGACUUUGUUAAAUUUUAUUGAGUAUCAACAAUCACUCCUUUG